AUGGUGCAUCCAAGAUUAGUGAAGAGGGCAAGAAGCAAGAGAAGGCACACUCAUAAAGUUUCCUACUCCACCUCUUCCACAAAACAGCUUCCAAGUCUCAACCCUACCGCUGCCAUCAAAUUGCUUCCGAGAGACUUGUUAGUAGAGGUGAUUGCAAAAGUGGCUUCAGACUCAUUCAUUGACCUUCACACCAUCAAAACAUGUUGUAAAGAUUUUCUAGACGCUACAGAUGAUAGUUAUGUUUGGCAAAGAGUUUCUUUGGACAAGUUCCCUUUAACCCAGUGGUCUAAUGACAAAGCUUCAUGGUUCUUGAGUCGUUGUAGGGAUUUUGUGAACAUUGAAAGCUUGUUUCGAGAUGGUCAGCGAGAGUAUUUUAAUUAUCCACAUGGAAAGAUUAAUAGUCUUGAAAUCUUGAAGAUGACGGCUCAAAAGGUCACAAGGAAGCCAAAUAUGUGUAUGGUAUGA